CUUAAGUUGGGGGAGAGGAAUUGGACUCACUCUUUAUAAAGAGGGAAGCUGCCCGUUAUUCUUCCCUGAGAGACGAGUAGACAGACGGACAAGAACCAGUUCUCUGAAUAUUUCAGUUGGAGAGAGAGAUAUGCAUCUGAUCUCGGUGUUGGCACUGACCGGGCUGGUCUUGCUGAGGGCCUUUGCCACAGCGCGGGAUCCGGCCCUGGAUGGAGCCUGGAGAGACUGGAAGCUCACCUAUUCUAAAGAGUACCGUGAGAGAAAUGAAGACUUCCGGAGAUCGGUGUGGGAAAACAACCUGCAGAUGAUUGAAGAGCACAACCGUGAAGCUUCCCAGGGAAAACACACUUUUCAGAUGGCAAUGAACCACUUGGGCGAUUUGACUAGAGAAGAGUUUAAUGAACAGCUGAACGGCCUCCGCCCUGAUCUGCCCAGAAAUCUCGGAGGCAGCAGCUUCACCUGGUUCAAAAAAUCUGCCAAUCCUUCGCUUCCUGAGUCUGUGGACUGGCGCACCAAAGGUUAUGUCACCCCAGUGAAAGACCAGGGCAGCUGUGGGUCUUGCUGGGCGUUCGGUGCCACUGGAACCUUGGAAGGUUUCCUAGCCCGCACGACUGGCAGGCUGGUCUCGCUGAGUGAACAAAACCUUGUUGAUUGCUCCUGGGCGCAAGGCAAUCAGGGAUGCAAUGGAGGGUGGCCAAGCUGGGCCUUGGAUUACGUGCGGUUAAACAAUGGCAUCAACUCGGAGAAUACCUACCCCUACGAAGCACGGGAUGCAAACUGUCGGUACAAAUCCUUGGAUCGAGCAGCCACAUGCAGUGGCUACGUACAGCUUCCGCAAGAUGAUGAGGAAGCCCUGGAAGAAGCUGUGGCUACUAUUGGCCCAAUUGCCGUUGCACUGGAUGCUUCUUACUUUCAGUUUUACAGCGGAGGAGUCUUUUACUACCCUGGGUGUGGACAAGUCUUGAACCAUGCUGUGCUGGCUGUUGGCUACGGCACCACUGCAGACGGGGUUCCUUUCUGGAUUAUUAAGAACAGCUGGGGACCUUACUGGGGUGACAAUGGCUACAUCCUGCUACUAAGAGGAUCCAAUCACUGCAGAGUAGCAAGCGUGUCAGUUUACCCCGUGUAACCUGCUCAGGGGCCAUGAUCCGGUCUUCUGGAGUCUUCCCAGCCAACAGUGAAUCAUCGGGGGCAUCGAUCUCCUACCAAAUAUAGCAGGAACGAC